GACACGAAACGAAACGAAACGAAACGGGAUUCGAGAUUCGCGAUUGUGAAAGGAAGCCGUGCGUGCAUGCAGAUUUUAGGAGACAGCUCGGGUGGGGAACAGACUCGACACUAGGGCAUUUCGUCGCCUCAAGCUUAAAGCUUAGAUCUGGACUGGAUUCUAAAACCGCGAGCUAUCUAUCUACUAUCGAUUACAUCUAGCCGUCCAAUAUCGACGGGGUGGCCACUCUGUCGAGUCUCCACGCUCACUCCAGGUUCCAUCUUUGGCCACGGCUUGGGACGACACCAUGGCUUCUGCUUCUUCUUCUUCCAGUGAGGAUCCCUAUCCGAUGGAUAAUGAUUACGAGUGGCUGCAUGGAAGAGUGGAUGCGGGGAUCGAGGACAGUAUCAAUUUGGUCGAAUCCGUUCCCGUACAGAUGCCCGCAAUCGAGGAAUUGCAACAGAGGAAUCUUAUCAACGUAUCGAGAGAAGGAACUCCACUGCCCAGCUCACCAUCAUGUCCUUUGCCAGGUUCGGUCAAACCAGAGUCAAAUAGACCAAGCUAUCUUCUGGCCUUACCACUCGAGUUGAUUGAUCACAUUCUCUCGUUCCUAAGUCCUCUCGAUGUUGUCGCCACCUCCGCAACCUGUCGUCGUCUGGCUUCGUCGUCCAAGUCAGACCUAGUAUGGCAACGCCACGUCCAAGAGAACGUACCAGGGGUAAAGCUCACUUCGCCGUCCCCGUGCAGCACGUUUCGAGAGCUCUACAUGUCGCAUGAUCCGCAUUGGUUCUUGACCAAGUACAAGAUCUGGUUCAGCGACUACUUCUUGACGGGGAAAAUCAUAAUUACCCGUUUCAAUCCGAAUGGUCGAUCGGGUAAUCCUGAUACUCGCGGCUGUAUUGAAGGAUAUCAACUGAUCGCCGAACGGGAUCCGCCUUCAUUCGUCCCGUGGGAAAUUGACGACGAGGUUCUCAUCCAUUCUUUCACUCCGGAAUGUCGACUGCAUAAGGAUGUUCCUGUAUUACAGCUCAAUGCUCGACGGCCUCUGCCAAAGACUUCAGAGAAUAGGUUUAAUAGGAAGAUUCGCAUGGGCCUCAACGAGGCGCCAGAUAUCUCUGGAGUAUUCUCGGAAUUCUCGCUCACGAGCCCAGUGGUUCCGACUUCGAACAUGGUUCUAUGGCCACCAUCUACGAUUCCAGCUCGUCACCGAGUUAGGAAUGCCAACCAGGAAAGCGUUGCGGGUGUAGACAGCAGACCAACGACGCGCUCACAGGUCAGUAAUCAAGCUUUCAGGAUUAGGAAGUGGAUGGAGAUGGGACCACGUUCGAGAAAUCCAGGCAUGCAUAUCGGAGAGGAAGUCUACACCUACGCAACCCUGGAUCCGAAGCUCUACACGCCUACAGAAGAGAAACCUUUCCGGGGCAUCUGGGUCGGGGAUUACAGUGGUCAUGGCUGCGAAUUCCUUCUUAUGAAUCAACCGGAUAACGAGACGCCUUUCGAUGAAAGUAGCGUGGUUCGAGGAGAAGACGAGACGGUUGAGGAAUGGGAAAGUAGGAAGCGAGAAGAGAGGAUUUAUAGGGGAAGCCUGGAAGCUAUCAAACUGACUGGAGAUCCAAAUGUACCGAGGGGAGAGUACACUUUCAUCGCGGACGAUAUCUCGAAGAAGGGAUUAGUGAGGAAAGCAAACGAUGCCCGGUUCAAGGGCGCGAGAAUCGUACAGAGUAGGGGUCAUAUUGCCGUGAGGAUGUUUAGGAAUGACAAAUACAUCGAGAGUCAACUGAUCAUGAUCUCACAUGAUAGAUUGGCUCAGUACUGGGUUGGGUUCGGUCAUAUUAGCUUCUACGAACGAGUUGAUCUGGACAAAUUCAUCGAUCCUGCGAAUGAUCCUCUGCCAACGCCGAAGCCUGUCAAUAAGUAGGGGAACCGCUGUUUGAUAUUAG